AUGAACCCAUUAAUUAUCAUCUUUAUUUUGUGCAUCCUUACAUCAUCUGUUUUUGCCAAUUGCAAUUACCACUAUGUCUUUGUUUACGACACCAACUCAUUGUCAUCAUCCUUUUCAUUGUUCAACCAGGUUGAACAAUCAAAUGUCAUCUAUAAUAAAAAUAUUUCUUUGUCUAUGAUCCAUCAAUCAUCCAUUUCUUUGUCCUCAUCUUUUAACCAUUUUGAUCUUCCAUUCAUCCUUUUCAACAACAACAACAAAAACAACAAAAACAAUAAAAAUAACAAUAUCUAUCCAUCUAUUUCACAAACUACUCAACAAUUUAAUUCAGACCAUAUUGUUUCUCAAUGUCAUUUACCAUCAUCAAAUCAUACAUUUAUUCCAAUCAACAACGACCAUAAUAAUAAUAAUUAUUUAUCCAUGCCAAUUCCUUUUAAUUCAUUUGUUUUGUCUCAAUCUCAUUUACAGAUACCAUUAAAUCAAUCAACAACAUUCUUAAAUGACCAUCAAUCAUCUAUUCCAUGUUUUAAUUCAAGUGAUAUUUUAACUCUUUGUCAAUCACCAUUAUUUUCAAACCUUUCAACAACCAACAUAGAGGAGGAGGAGGAGGAGGGAGGAGGCCAUGUUUUGUUUAUCUCAAAUUAUUCAACCAAAAACCAUAAUAUUUUAGAGGAGGAGGAGGAGGAGGAGGAGGAGUCUGUUCAAUUAAACAGCAGCAAUACAAUCUCAGUUUCAUAUUGUAAUGACCAUCAAUCAUCGAUUCCAUGUUUUAAAUCUAGUGAUUUUUUUACUCAUUCAACCAACAACCACAUUCUUGUAGAGGAUGAGGAGUUUGUUCAAUUGAACAACAACAGCACACAUUCAUUAACAUAUACCAAAGUUGACAACAAUUAUUUUGAUUCUCUCAACAACUGUUUCGGAACCAAUCAUUUAAAUCAUACAACAACACAACAACAACAACAACAAUCAUCAUCACCAAUCAAUCAUGAUACAAUCCUCACCACAAUCCACAUUCAAAAAUCAACUCACAAUCCACAUUCCCAAGUCAUUCCACCAUCCUCAACAAAAAUAAUACCAAUGAAUCAUCCUCACUUAUUCACUCAUUUUACAUGUACAUUCCAUUUAAUUCAAGUGAUGUACAAUCCAUAUUCACCAAUCAAUCCACUCACCACCCAUCAAUCAUAUAUUCAUCUCCAAUCCAUCCACAAUCUUCAAUCACAAAUCACUCAACAAUCUGCAAACAAUAAUAAUAAUACAAACAAUAAUCCAACAAACAAUAAUCAUACAAACAGUAAUCAAACAAACAAUAAUAAUAAUACAAACAACAAUAACAAUCAUAAUAAUUCAAACAAAAAUACAAAUAAUAACUUAAAAAAUAAUAAUAACAAGAAUACAUUUGAUAAUAACAAUUUAAAUAAUAAUAACAACAACAAUAUAUUAUUUAUGUCACAAUCCAACUCUUCCUCCUCCUUUUUUACCUCUUCAAUUUACAUGCAACCCCCUCAUUGUUCACCAACAAAUAUUAACAUUACAAUUACAACUAAGAAUAAUCAUAAUAUUACAAUCUUUACCAUUCACUCCAAUCCACAAUCCUCAUUCACCAAUCAAUCUUUCAUUCAUCACCAAUCCGCUAGUCGCCCGUCCCAAAUCCAGUGA